AUGAUUAAACCAUUUAGACAAGCAGAUCUUAAUACUUAUGAGAAAAAAAUAUACAAUUAUCGAGUAUCAAGAGCAAGGAGAAUUGUUGAGAACGCUUUUGGGAUUUUAGCGUCUCCGUUCCGAAUAUUUCACACAGAAAUAAACAUUGAACCAAAAAAUAUUGAUUCCGUUGUAAUGGCAUGUUGUGCUCUACACAAUUACUUAACUGAAACAAACCAAGCUAGUUACAGUCCUCCUGAAAUUCUUGAUAGGGAAUUUUUUGAUAACGGAACAAUUAUACAGGGAGUGACUUCGGCAGAUUCGGAAAUGAUAGAUUUAGAUAGAAGAUAUCAAGGAAAUAUAACAAAUGCAGCCAAGAAAACAAGGGAAGAUUUUAUGAACUAUUUCGUGAAUGGAGGACAAGUUCCACGGCAGGAUAAUUUUAUUCGUUAA